GGCAGGCAGGACAUACAUCGUCGUCCAGUCCAUUCACCAUGAAACUCGUAAGAUUCUUGAUGAAGUUGAACAACGAGACGGUGACAAUCGAGCUCAAAAACGGUUCGAUCGUGCAUGGAACGAUCACAGGUGUGGAUAUGCAGAUGAACACCCAUCUCAAAACCGUCAAAAUGACGAUGCGCAACCGUGACCCACAGUCGCUCGACACGCUCUCCAUUCGCGGAAACAAUAUCCGCUAUUUUGUUCUCCCCGACGCUCUGCCGCUCGAUACCCUUCUGGUUGACGACGCGCCAAAACCAAAGAAUCGCAAAAAGGAAGAAGUACGUGGACGAGGACGAGGACGUGCCGUUGUCGAUCGCGGACGUCCGCGUGGUCGUGGACGUGGCAGGGGUCGGUGAUAAUACUGCGUGGUGUUUCCUUAAGGCUCGUUUGUACACCUCCCUCUUUUGGCGUUUAAGUACCCACUUUGCGCUGUUUUAUGUGCAUCUAAAAGAAUCUGAUUUUAGUAUUGAGUUUUGUGACGUUUACUUGUAUGAAUCAAGCGCCAGUGACUUCAC